AUAUCCAAACAGUUUGACAAUAUUUAACAAACAAAUCAUUAAUUUAAAAAAUAUUAAUCAAAGUUUUGAUUCUGAAAUCAAUAACUGGUUUUCGGAUAUUGAAGUCCAUAAGUGGUCGAGUCCUCCGCCAAUUAAAUUUGUGGCCAUUUUAUCGCCGAUUUACUCAAAACUUUUUACGCGUUUUAUUAUCCGAAGACUACUUUGCAGAGACUUAUUCUUUCACUUCGGAAGAACUCAAUUCUAUCUCAUUGUCUCCGAAAAAGAGUUAAAAUAUAUGACUGCAAAACCCGUUGAUAAUUAUAUAAAUUAUCGGGCAAUUAGUGUCAUAUUUAGCACACUCUUCGACAUCGAUGAUCUCGAAACAGUUCCAUACAAUCAAUUUGUCUUAUAUGGCAAUAAUAAUUUAAAGAAACCUAAAAUAAUUGAAGGAAACGCCAAAUUGAUUCGUUUGACACCAAAGAUCUAUUUGGAGGACUUUGACGAACAAAAAUUGAAAGACUAUUUCUAUUUCGUGACACAAACUUUUAUGAAACGAAAACAAUGGAUAAUACCUUUCUUAGAAAAUUGGUUCCCAAACUGUGGUCCGGAUCUCAUAAGAAAAGGAAUUCCUGUUUUUAAAUAUUUGGGAGAUUUAAUGCCUGAAGAAGUUUUAGAAUUGUUUCUAUAUUUUUAUAAUCGGAGUGAUUAUCAAAAUUCAAUUUAUAAAACAAUGAUAAUUAAUUACACUGAAGAUAUUAUGUAG